AUGGCCGGCGAACCUCAACCAGCAAAGAAACGCCGUUUGCCCUUCAAGCCACCAAGCCGCACCCCAUCAACAAGCGCGGGACCAUCAUCUUCUGCGUCCAAAGCAGCCCCCAAAGGCAAGGCCAAGCAAAAUACCGCCAAAGCCUCCUCUUCAGCAUCAGCACCCAAAUCAGCAAACCGCAAAUCUACAUCCUCCGCCAAGCGUCCACGCGCCGAAUCCCCGCCCGCAUCUGCAUCCGCCUCCGACGGAGCUUCUGACUCAGACUCCGAGGCAUCCAGUCGCAGUCGCGAGAGGUCGCUCUCCGAAGAACCGGAUUACAUCCUCGCGGAGAUCAUCACGAAUAACCAGACCGAGGAUGUCGCCUCGAGCGAUCCUAAAAUUCCGCCGAAAUUGCUUACUCGACUCCUGCAUCACCAUUUCCAGAACGAGAAGACAAAGGUCGCGAAGGAUGCCAAUGAGGUUGUGGCCAAGUAUGUCGAUGUCUUCGUGAGGGAGGCUAUCGCUCGUGCUGCAUAUGAACGGGCGGAGACGGACGGUGCCGGAGGUGGAAGGAGUAUCGGCGACGGCUUUCUGGAGGUUGAGGACCUGGAGAAAAUGGCGCCGCAGCUUACGAUGGAUUUCUGA